AUGAUGCUCUAGCAAUACUUAAGAUACAUUAAUCUUUAAUAUCCAGAAAAUAUAGAGAUUUAUUUUUCUUUUAAUGAUAUGAUAACUAUUCAACCUCUACUAAAAUUUAUCUAUUUUCCUCAACUUUUAUAGCUUACUAAUAUCUAGUUAAAUUAAGAAUAUUCUGAAGGAAAAUUCAAUGUGUACAAAUAAAACACUAACUUGAUCAUCAAUCUUUCAUGCCAAAUAUUUUAAUUCCUAAUGUUUGUAUUCUUUAUUCUGUGUUUUCAAUGGAUUAAAAAGGUUUUGUAUAAAUGGAUAUUCUGUUCUAGGUACUUUUGCUGUAUGUCAUCUUUAUCAUUAUAUAUAAAUCCAAAAAUAAUCUUUAAGUUUAGUUAAUCCUUUUAUAACAUUUGCAUGGAACUACUUAAAUUGAAAAGAUUUAUGUCUUUUUAAGGAUUAUAAAAAGCCUUAUUUCUAAAUGGCUGGGAUAUGAUAUUUAAAACAUUAUUGUAUACAAGAAACAUUUUAACCAAAAAUUACAUAGAUAUUGUACAAAUUAUUAUCGCAAUCAUAAUACUUAUCCUUUAUUUUACCAUUUUCCUAAAUUUCUUUAAAGGUAAAUCAAAAUUAUCAAAGAAGAACAGCUACUAAAUGUUUGAAAUGCUGAGUUUUUGUAGAUAAUUUUUGUUUCUAUUAUUUUUAAUUUAUGUAUAGAGUUCCCAAAUACUUUAAUUAGGAUUACUCCUUAUGACAAGCAUAUUUUAGAUUGGAUUCAUAUUUAAUUAUCGUUGUAUUUUUAAUAAAAAAAAUUACAUUGUUUAAAUUGUAGUUGAGAUAUCAGUAUUAACAUUUAUCCUUAGUUCAUUCUUAUACAUCUAAGAGUUUAAUGAAUAUUUUAAUGAAGAGAAAAAAAUUUUAUUGGGAUGGGUUCAAGCAAUCAUACUAUCCAAAGGUAUAACUAUAGAGCUAAUUUGGAUCUGCAAAGAUUUAUUAUAAAAAUUGAUAUAGAACUGCAGAAGUUAAUCACAAAUUGUGAAUAAUCCAAUAUUUCCAUGA